GCCCGGCCGCCGCCGCCGCCGCAGCGGCAGCCCCAGCCCCAGCCCCAGCCCCGAGGCUCCAGGACUCCGGGCAGCCCCGCGAGCCGCGCGCACGAACCCCCGCCGGGUCGGAGCUGUCGGAUGGGAGACCCCCCGCAGACCGGAUGAAGCCGCCGCGGGCACCAUGUCAUCAUGUGUCACUAGCCAGCCCGCCCCGGCCCCUUCGGAGCGGCCCGCGGCCCGGGAUGAGCCCCCAAAGCCCUGCGAGGCCCUGCACGGGCUCUCGUCGCUGAGCCUCCACCUGGGCAGCAUGGAGUCCUUCAUCGUGGUGACGGAGUGCGAGCCCGGCGGGGCCCAGGGCCAGGCCCGGCCGGACGAGCAGAUGGAGCAGGGCGGGGCGCAGGAGGACGCUCUCCAGGCCCCCGCGGCCCCCGGGCCCCAGGCCCGGCCCCUCCUCUCUGGCCGCAAGCUGUCCCUGCAGGAGCGCUCGCAGGCCGCCCAGUCCCCCGGCGGCAGCGGGGGCGUCAACGGCCGCUUCAUCUACCCCUCUCUUCCCUACUCUCCCGUCAGCUCCCCCCAGUCCUCCCCCCGGCUCCCCCGCAGGCCCACCGUGGAGUCUCGGCACGUCUCCAUCACGGGGAUGCAGGAUUGUGUACAGCUUAAUCAGUAUACGCUGAAAGAUGAGAUUGGGAAGGGUUCCUAUGGAGUGGUCAAGCUGGCUUACAAUGAAGACGACAAUACUUACUAUGCCAUGAAGGUGCUUUCCAAAAAGAAGCUGGUGCGGCAAGCGGGCUUUCCGCGCCGUCCCCCGCCCCGUGGUACCAAGCCUGCCUCCGAAGGCUGCAUCCAGCCCAAGGGCCCCAUUGAACAGGUCUACCAAGAGAUUGCUAUUCUCAAAAAAUUGGACCAUCCCAAUGUGGUGAAGUUGGUGGAGGUCCUGGAUGACCCAAAUGAGGACCAUCUGUACAUGGUGUUUGAACUGGUCAAUCAGGGGCCUGUAAUGGAAGUGCCCACGGUCAAGCCACUGACUGAAGACCAGGCCCGAUUCUACUUCCAAGAUCUGAUCAAAGGCAUCGAAUAUUUGCACUACCAGAAGAUCAUCCACCGAGACAUCAAGCCAUCCAACCUCCUGGUUGGAGAGGACGGACACAUCAAGAUCGCUGACUUUGGCGUGAGCAACGAAUUCAAGGGCACCGAUGCCCUCCUCACCAACACCGUGGGCACGCCUGCCUUCAUGGCUCCUGAAACACUGUCGGAGACGCGGAAGAUCUUCUCAGGGAAGGCUCUGGACGUGUGGGCCAUGGGAGUGACCCUCUACUGCUUUGUCUUUGGCCAGUGUCCCUUUAUGGAUGAACGGAUCUUGUCUUUACAUAGUAAGAUCAAAAGCCAGGCCCUGGAAUUCCCCGACCAGCCAGAUAUUGCUGAUGAUCUGAAGGACCUGAUUGUGCGCAUGUUGGACAAGAACCCCGAGUCGAGGAUCAUUGUCCCAGAAAUCAAGCUACACCCCUGGGUCACAAGGCACGGGGCGGAGCCGCUGCCAACGGAGGAUGAGAACUGCACCUUGGUGGAGGUGACGGAAGAGGAGGUGGAGAACUCCGUCAAACACAUCCCCAGCCUGGCGACCGUGAUCCUGGUGAAGACGAUGAUCCGUAAACGCUCUUUUGGGAACCCUUUUGAGGGCAGUCGGCGAGAAGAACGGUCCUUGUCUGCCCCUGGAAACCUACUCAUAAAAAAACAAACAGGGGGAUGUGAGCCCUUCCUGGAGUCCAAGGAAACAAGGCAGCGAAGACAUCCUCCGGUGCAGCGACCUGCCCCAUGUCGGGGAGGAGGAGGUGAUCUGGUGAGAACCGCCGCCCUAGUGGAAGCGCGGGCCGCACCCCGCCUGCCGGACGCCGGGCACCGGCCGCUGCCUCCGCCCGGAGAAGCAGCGAUGGAGACCGAAUAAGGUCCGCCGGGCCCGUCCACGGAGCGGCCUGCUCAUCCCCGCGGGGCCCGGGCCGCCAACUCCCGCUGUCUCCAUAGCCGCAUGCCCUCCCGAAACUGACCACUUGUGUAAAGCGUUGCCCUUCAUCUCGGGUUGUUUCUUUUCCGUUGUCGUUUUAAGGGGUGGGGGGCGGGGGGGCAUGACAUCUACUCCGGGACUGGGACACUGGCCGGCGGGCCCAGAGAGAGGAGCCGCAGGCUCCCCAGUCUGACGCCGUGUGGGGGGGGGUGUAGGUGGGGAGACUCCGGAGGAAACCGCUUCGAUGCCCGAUGUGGCAAGUUGUGGCAAGUUGGCGGGGCCGCAGUGGGCGUCAAGGGCGAGGCUUUCGCCACGCUGGCGGGGGAAACACCAGAGGCGGUGGGCCCCAGGGACCCCACCCGGGAAACCUUGCCAUCUCUCGUCCUCAACUCGCCCACCUCCCAAAAGGGCUCCGGCCUCCGGGCUUUGGACAGAGUCCGAACUGCUCGGGAGACUCAUCCAUCCCCAGGACUUUGGUUUGCCUUCGCCUUCCUCUCUCCCCGGUGAAGGCUAUCCCUCAUUUUGGGGAGGAACCCCUACAACUUUUGGACAUAAUACCUUAGGAACAACAAAUUCAUGAAAGGGCUCCAAGUUCAACGACUGUGGCUUGCUUGGGGGAGGGGGAACGGCAGCAGCAGGGGUGGGGGUGGGGUGUGAUCCCCAGAGGGGGAGGUGGGCGCGCAAUCCAUUGCUUUUCAUCAGCUUUCAAAGGACUGUGGGGAGAGUGCAUUUCUGAAAUCCAUUCGUGAGCUAGUAGGUUUAUUACUGUUAACUUUCAAAUUCAGGGUGAAAUCCUCCGCUUCCAUGUACAUUACAUGGCUUACGGUUUUUAAUUAUUUGACUAGGUUAGAAUUUAGAGUUCAGAAACGAUCUAGACAUCAGCUUAGUGGUUUUCCAGGGCUCUCUUUAGAGCUUCCCACAGGGGAUCGGGGGCUUUUAGAAGUGCUGGGCGGGCCGCUCGAUCUCCAGUACCUUCGCUUGCACACUUGGAAAGCCUCUCAUGGCUUGUUUCCACCUCCUACACUAGCUGGCUGUAUAGCUGGUGAGUUGUCACAGUUCACUUCCGGGGGCUGAGAGGGAAUUUCCUUCCAGCCGCGGUGUGAAGCCUGCUGGGAAACCUCCACUUCUGGUCUGUUCCUGGCGGAGAUUGUACACACCUGGAACAGUCCCCAGGUGACGGGUGAGACAGGUCUCAGCUGUCCCGAUGAGAUGUUCUUCCUGGUGGUGGGAAAUCGAGAUCAUUUCCUUUUUUUCUUCCCACCAAAAGCAUGACUAUGCAUUCUUUUUUAACUUGGAAUCUGCUUCCUGCCAGGGACACUGGUGGGCCCGUCUGAAGCCCCCAUGGAAGGGGAGUUAGUAAGGUUCCACCUUUGUUUCUUGGCUUCAAAGCACACCUUUCUUAUACAUUUUGAGAGUUGGAUUGGGUGGAAUUGUUCAGGUGCCCGAGCCCGCUUUCUUGGGGCUAUUUUUCACUCUAGUCUGAACAGCUCAAUAGCCACAGAGACAGGCCGGGCCUGGUGCCCUGCUCCUCUCCUGGCCCUCCCCAAGAGGUCUGGGCUCCAUCCCUUUUCCUUCGAGUAGAGCUUCGACAGACUUUCUGGAUGUCAGGAAAGCCAAGGGCUGAGUCAUUCUGUGCCAUUCUGACAUCCGAUCAUUAAUUCUUUGUCCUGAUGGUCCUCGACCACAGAAUAUUUCCUCCUCCAGCACAUUUAAAAAUUGAUGACAAGUCCCUGCACAAAUCUAUAGAUCCACCCCCUGUUGUUGGUAAAUGGGUAGCACCUUUUGGAAGUGGUGAGUGUGAACCUUCGCCUUCGUCCCGGCUCGUGUGAGGUGGUCAAGCGGCACUUAGCCAUUGUAGCGACUCUCCCUCGUGUUUGCACAACUGCAUCGGGCAGUGCCAUGGAUUUUCAGUUUUAGGGGUUUGGGUCUCGCUGCGGUUUCUGAUGUCUGUGCUGCGGGUCAGCCAAAGAUCAGGGAUUUCAAGCAAAAGGGGAUCUGCGAGGUCGUCCAGUCCAACUCCCUCCUCCUUACUUUACAGGGGAGGAAACUGAGGUUAGAGACUGGCCGGAGAUCACACAGAUGGUAAACUGGCAAAGAGGCUGUGACUUCAGAGUCAUCGCUCUGGCCACGUCAGUCCCACCCCAAUUGGUUUUCAUGGACACCAUAGGCAGGGGGCACUCAAGGCUUACAACCUUCCUUUGGCACAAACUCUUUGGAAUUCAUGUCCUUAAAAAAAUUAAGCACAGUUAUUAAGAAAGAUAGAGUGAUCAUUAAGCACCUUGGGAUUUUUUUUCAAAAGUCCAAUAAUGUUAAUGCAAGCAUGAAAGCAUGGAAGCCUCCUCUUCCCCUCUGCUCUCCCCCCCCCCCCAAAGGCAGAUAAAGAGGGACCAAGGUUCAUAUUUUGUCCUGUAUGGUCUAUGAAAUAAUCUUGGACCAUCACCUCUCUGGACCUCAGUUCCCUCAUGUGUAAAAUUUUUUUGGGGGGAGAAUGCAAGGCUCCUAAAUUGGUGACCCCAGAACCUAUUUUCAUCAUUUGCCAACUUUCUGUCUUUGAGGUCCGAGUUUGGUGGAGCUAGCUUGUUUAUGUGUGAAUGGGGGAGAUGGGGUUGGGAGUUUGGAGGCGGGGGAGAAGGAACUUCCAGGUGAGCAUAAGAAACUAGACUCUCUGGCCGUCUCAUGUGCCUCUUUUCUCUUACUCGCUUCAUUUUCCCUUGGAAUGGCAAUGUGUGGGCCAUGCAGAUCCCCAAUAUUAGCAUACAAGGUAUAACUCUCCCCUCCCUAGGUUAGGAUUACCCCUCUCUAUUUUUUUUGGCAGCAGUGGCUAGAUUUCCUUUAAAUGUUAGAAAGCUGUGAUCUUCACAGGUCUCCCGAAAUGCCAUGGAAAAGAAAAAGGUUGACUCUGGUUCCAUCUUCUCUAUGGUUUCCACUGGUUGUGACAGGUUUUGAGAGAUUGCCACUGCCUUUUUAAUUCUGUGGUCUAUUUAAUGCCCGAUGCUUGUGUUCAUUCCUAGUCCUUUUUACUAUGCAUUUUCCUUUUAUCAGGUGUAUAAAGUUAAAUACUGUGUAUUUAUCACUUAAAUUACAUGAACUUAAGAGAAAACGAAACUUUGGUGUUUUUCCACAGAUGUUGAAGCUUCUCUGUAAACUUGAAUAAACAGAUAGCAAAAUGGU